AUGUCAUCAUCAACUACAGAACAAGACAUGUCGAAAUUGAAGAAUAUCGUUAUCGUCGGUGCCUCCUCGGCGGGUCAGCAACUUGCCAACUACCUCACACCGAACCUACCCUCUUCACAUCGAAUCAUAUUGGUCGACGCAUUGGAUUACGCUUUCUGGCCUAUCGCUUCGUUGAGAGCUGCAGUCGUUCCAGGAUGGGAGAAAAGAAUCACCGUUCCAUUAACACAAGAGUCAGUCUUCCCCAAGAACUCAAAUCAUCGACUGGUCGUUCCCAACAAAGUGGUUGAAUUGAAGGAGAAUUCGAUCAUUUUGGAAAAGGUAUUUGAAGGUUCUAACGAGAUUCCUUUCUUCAAAUGUAUCUUGUCCACUGGUGCUCAACAACCCAGUCCGAUGAGACCCCCUGCCGGCUCUACCAAACAAGCAUACCACGAUACAUUGAUCAAGACUCAGGGCGAGAUCAAACAAGCUAACAAGAUUGUGAUUAUCGGUGGUGGAGCUGUCGGAUUGGAAAUUGCAGGUGAAAUCCGAGCUAAUUACCCUGAUAAAUCCAUAACAAUUGUCCAUUCCUCUUCUCACGUCUUACAUCCUCAAGCCUCUGCACCGGAUCCAAAAGGCAAAGCACACUCGUACUCUUCUCCACCCACUUUACCUAAGCUCUCAAUAACUCUCGAGAAAAUCUUGGCAGACUCCAAGAUCGAUUUGAUCCUCAAUGACAAAGUCGAUAUACCUGCUGAACAGACCUCGCCUGAAGAUUGGUCAGGAUCGUUUGGUUUACAAGACGGAGUGAAGAAAGUGAAACUUGCCAGCGGGAAGGUGUUGGAAGCUGAUUAUGUGUUUGUGAGCAUUGGGAAUAAACCCAAUGUUGGACUGGUACAACAAACGGAUGAGAAGGCUUUGAUUUCUGGUAUGGUAGGAGUAGACGAAUAUCUCAGAGUGAUCUCUGAAAAUUACGAAUCACCACUCAUCAGGAACUACUACGCCAUCGGUGAUUGUUGUUCUACACCUGGUUGGAAGACUUAUAUGGGCGCAGAUUACGAUGCCAAGGGAUGUUCUGUCAACAUCAUCAAUGAGAUCAAAGGUAAAGCGCUUAGGAAAUACGUUCGACCCUCAUUGGCAGCAAUGAUGAUCCCUCUUGGUCCGGAGAAAGGUUCCGGAACACUUACUUUCCCAGUUGUCGGAACAUGGCAAGUCCCCGGAGCGAUGGUCAGGGCAGCUAAAGGUGGUAAUCUGCUAUUGGAUCAACUGUUCUAUCCUCGAUUCAAGGGUGAGAAGAAGGUCACUGCUGGUAUGUAA